UGCGGUUGUUUCCUCCGUGCUCACUUCGGUGAGGGACCGGUGGGAAACGGUCGGGCACCAAUGUAUGCAACACCCGGUGUUUGAGUUGUGGGAUGGAGUUUUCGUUGACAUACGGACAGUAACGCUACGUGGAUUUUGUAUUUCGUGUGUCUUUCUACUAACACGGCGAUAUCUGUCGGGAGAACGCACCCGGGCGACAUGGCAGAUAAUAUUAUCAUCAGGGUACAGUCCCCAGAUGGGAUGAAGAAAAUUCCUUCCACCAAGAGGGAGACCACUGCUGCUUUUUUGAAGAAGGUGGCCAAAGAGUUUGGGUUCAAUUCCAACGGGUUUUCUGUUUACCUGAACCGCAACAAGACCGGAGAGAUCCUUUCCCAGAACAAAACCCUCAGCCUGCUUAAGAUCAAGCAUGGCGACAUGCUCUUUCUGUUCCCUUCAGGAUCCCCCACCUCCUCCGGAGAGGUUAUGGACACGGCCACCCCACACACAUCUUCGUCACUACCAUCCAUCUCAUCAUCAUUUUCAUCGUCCUCCAUGAUCCCUCGGUCCUUCUCAGCACCCCAGGUCCAGGAGGAUGAGAUCGAUCAAUAUCUGGCCAAACAAGACGGCAAGAUAUACAGGAACAGAGAUCCACAGCUAUGUCGCCAUGGUGCCCUUGGCAAAUGUGUGCACUGUGUACCGUUAGAGCCUUUUGACGAAGACUACCUGAAUCACCUCGACCCACCAGUGAAGCACAUGUCAUUCCAUGCAUACCUUCGCAAGCUGACCGGUGGAGCUGAUAAAGGGAAAUUCGCAGCUCUAGAGAACAUCAGCUGUAAGAUCAAGUCGGGCUGUGAGGGCCACCCUCCCUGGCCAGAGGGGAUCUGCACCAAGUGCCAGCCCAGUGCUAUUACACUGAACAGACAGAAAUACAGACACGUGGACAAUAUCAUGUUUGAGAAUCACACCAUUGCUGACCGCUUCCUGGACUUCUGGAGGAAGACGGGCAGUCAGAGGAUGGGAUACCUGUACGGCAGGUACACUGAGCACAAGGACAUCCCUCUGGGCAUCAGAGCUGAGGUGGCUGCCAUCUACGAACCCCCACAGAAUGCCACUCAGAACAGCCUGGAACUGUUGGAGGAUCCCAAAGCUGCAGCUGUGGAUGAAAUUGCUGCCAAACUGGGCCUGUGCAAGGUGGGCUGGAUCUUCACAGACCUGCUCUCUGAGGAUACGAGGAUAGGCACUGUCCGCUACACGAGAAACAAGGACUCACACUACCUGAGCGCAGAGGAGUGCAUCACAGCAGGAUACUUCCAGAAUCAACAUUCAAAUCCCUGCAGACUUUCUCGAGAUGGACAUUUUGGCUCCAAAUUUGUGACUGUGGUGGCAACAGGUGGUCCAGAUAAUCAGGUUCACUUUGAAGGAUACCAAGUGUCCAAUCAGUGCAUGGCCCUGGUGAGAGACGAGUGCCUGUUGCCCUGCAAAGACGCUCCCGAGUUGGGCUACGCUAAGGAGUCCAGCCCUGAGCAGUACGUGCCAGACGUCUUCUACAAGGACAAAGACAAAUUCGGCAAUGAUGUCACGUUUCUUUCCCGGCCUCUUCCUGUGGAAUACCUUAUUAUAGAUAUUACCACCACCUUUCCAAAGGAUCCUCAGUACACCUUCUGCUCCACACAACGCUUUCCCAUUGAGAACCGUGAUAUCCUUGGAGAGACACAAGACUUCCACAGUUUAGCAACAUACCUGUCCCAGUGCACCUCUACUGCAUUCCUGGACAUCGUGUCAGACUUCCAUCUGCUCCUCUUCCUCGUCACCAAUGAAGUCAUGCCUCUGAGAGACAGCAUCGGGCUGCUACUAGAUGCAGUAAAGACUUCUAAUGAGGAUCUGGCACAGACCUGGAAGAAGUCAGAGCAGUGGGCCACCAUCGAGCAGCUGUGCAGUACGGUGGGUGGGCAACCCUCCAGCUCUCUGGGUUAUGGGGCCAUGGGUGGCCCUUCUGUCCCGGCCUCCUCCUCAGCCAUGUGGUCCUGCCUCCACUGCACCUUCAUGAACCAGCCAGGCACAGAGCACUGUGAAAUGUGCAGCCUGCCCCGCAGUUAAAAUCCCCCAGCCUCCACCCCGCUAACACGCCCUGUCCUGAUCUUACACAGCCCCAUGCAGCCCUCCUCUUAACUCGCCAAUGGCAUCACCGCGCCAGGACCAGCUGUGAGAUUUGGAUGCCCGUUUUGUUUCCUUUCGCCUCACUUUGAAGCGUCUGUCCUCCCCAUCUCACAGGCUGCUGUGACGACCAGAGGGAUGCACUUGUUUACAUCGAAUUCAUUGAGUAAAUAAAGUAAAACCAGACUGAUUUUUUUUGUGUCCCUCGUCACAACGGCUCUCAUGAGUGGUGGGGUAGGUUUAAGUAAAGCACCUUUGGCCGAGGCCCUUUUCCCUCUACCCACCGCCGCCCUGAAAUAAUCACCCCUUCGUGGCUCAAGUAAAUCCUGCUGUGACUCAGGACAACAGCAAGGACUUGAGUGUUUGGAUGUUCUCUCACAUCAGUGGCCCUCUAACUCUCACUGCGUCUUCUGGAAAAUCUUGCUGUGUAUAAAUACAUUUGAGGAAUGAAACUGUUAUUUAAUUAAGCGUCUUUUUUGUUUUGUUUUGUUUUUUUGUUUUUUUUUUUUUUAUCUGAUUGUAGCGAUACCUUCAACUUUUGCAUCUUCAGCGUGGACUGCUCAGUCAGGUUUUUAUAGGUCUUUGUCUCUUUGACAAGCCCCUUAAAGUACAAUCAUCGGUCAAAUCCCAGACCUGAAAACGCUAAGAGCUCCGGAGUUCUCCUCUUGAGUAGAUUUUAUUUUCAGUAUUAAAUAACUUUAAAAAUGUUUGUAAGUAAGUCCCGGAUUUGCAAAGGCAGAUGCAAACAGCUACUCACCCGUAACCCACCUCCACUGAUUGCAGACGUAACCCGUGCUCUUGGUGAUGAUUACCGUUUGGACCGAUGUCCCACCAGCUUGAAGUAGUUCCUUAAGAUCCUUCCCCGGUUUGUUGGAACCGUAGCUUUUGGAUUCCGUGGUACGAAUUUGAGCAGGUUCAAUAUGUAGCUUAUUUUAUCAGCUGUAUGUUCUGUUCCUGAUAAAAUGCCCAAGGACACCAUCCAUCGUCGUCGUCGUCGUCGUCGUCACGAUUACUGACUCGCACUGUAUUAGACGUGAGGUGCUUCUAGAAACAACUGGUGCUCGCCACGUUCCUCUCCGUCGCUCCCUUCCUGUGGUACUCCUUGUUUUGUUUUCUUGCUGGCACUGAUCCAAAGGAGUCAGACCAUGACCAGUGUUCCUCUGCUGAUGGGCCCCUGUGGGUUUUUCCAUCACUCAGUCUUCAAAGACUUUGCCGCUCAGAGUGCAAGAGGUCGCAGGUCAACGCGGGGAGAGAAAGACGCCUAACACAUCGUUUGCCUCAUCUGAUGUCUGUGCUGUACAUCUGCAGACAGGAUGAUGAUGGUGGGCAUUUAAAAAGGCCUUGAAAAAAGCAUCCUUUUGUGUUUGGUUCUGCCGAUAAAUAUUCUCUGUACUUUCAAGCAAAAACCCCGAGCUUCAUCCAGCAGCAGAUGAGGCAUGGAUGAUGUUCAGCAUGCAAGUUCAGAUGGAUGUUUUCUCCACUUUGCAGAGCUACAGAUGUCAGUGGUAUAGAAGAGGCUGAGCCUGAAAAAUAUAUGAAAAGCACUUAACUCUCCUUGAUAGCACUAAAAAGCCGUAAACAGUUCGUUCACCCAAAUUACACCAAAAAAUGCACCGUUUCCCACCUAUCUCUAGCUGUGGAAUUUCUGCUUCCAAACUCAUACAAUGGAGGUGAAUGGAAUUUCAUUUGUGACGCUCGCAACAUUUAAAAAAUUCACUUUAGCGUAGUUUUCAUAUGCAGAAAGUUGCGUCGAUAAGUCGACACGAGGAGGGAGAAAUAUCAGGGAAAGAAACUUCUCAAAACCUGGACUAAUAAAACCAAGACCAUCUACAUGGAUGGAUACCUCUAAUGUAAGAAGGAAUUUUUUUUUUUUUUUUUUUUUAAUUUUGGUGAACUAACCCUAGACACCUUUUUACAGUCAGUAGUGGGCAUAUUAGGAUCGUUGAUUAAAACUGUUUCUUACCACUUUUUAGUUUCUUCUGGAUUUCUUUUUCCGAGACUAAUAUUGGGACCAAAACUUCAACGAGAUCAUUUAAGUCAUGAAAGUUCAGUUCUGGUUGCACAUCAUUAAUGUCUGGCGACAAACUCUUUCUUUUGUUUCCGCUCCACGCUGACGAUGUUAACAUUUCUAACGUUUCAGAGCACAUGGAUAUUGUCCAUACUCAGCUGAGCAGGGACCUUUUCAAGCUAAUGUGGUGACAGGAUUAAGGAUUUUGGUACGUUCACCUGUGGUCCAGAUGUAAAAGCUUAGCAGCAUCUCAAAGACCAUCUGAAAAGCCGACGUAGUUCUAAGGUGCAUUUGAGGUAUGUGACCAAAAUUACUUUGCAUGACUUGAAUGCCUUUACAGUUUUUCUAGUGCUCAUACAAAACGAGAUAUACUAUAAAUACAACAGAUUUUUAAAAAUUCUUUACUACAAAAGCUGAUGACAGUGAUUCUAAAACAAAAAGCAAACAAACUGCACAUUUCCCAUAGUUGCAUCAUUUGAACACUCGUGACUGCACUAGAAUCUCUUUUAAUCCGCAUCCUCGAUAUGUUUGCUGCUGACUGUUGACGACUGAGGCAGACUGACAGCUUUCUCUAAACUUCUGUCACUACUUUCAAGUUAAGUUUGGGGUGUUUUGUUUUUGUUUGUUUUUUUUUCCUCAUAACUUUGUGCACUGUUACAUGAAAUGGUUUCGUGGGCUCUUUUUGCAAAAAGGAUGAUCUAAAUGGGAAGAAAACUGAUCGACUCACUCAAUGCUGUCGACUUAAACGGGGGUUGCUGACGGGCAAACGGGCCUCUUGGGUUAAGAGGGCGAGUUGUGGGCUGCAGAUUUAGCUAUUUAUGAGAUGAGUGCUUCUUUGUAAGAGCUUGACAGUAAUUCCAUUGAUGAAGUGAGAAUAUAUUUUUAGUUGUAGAUUCAUUUAAAGAUGUUUGGAGAAAAAAAAAGUUGUUUUUUGGUUUGUUUUUGUUUUUUUUGUUUUUUUUUUUGCCCAA